UUGCUUCAUCUGAGGCCAACGGAGUCAAGAUGAUUUUGGAAAUGCUGAACCCAAUACACUAUAACUAUAACAUCACCAGCAUGGUGCCUGAUGCCAUGCCUGCUGCCACUGUGCCAAUCCUGCUGCUCACUUGCUUUCUCCUCUUGAUAUGGAAUUAUGAGGGCACAUCCUCAAUACCAGGUCCUGGCUAUUGUUUGGGAAUUGGACCCCUUAUUUCCUAUGCCCGAUUCUUAUGGAUGGGAAUUGGCAGUGCCUGCAACUAUUACAACAAGAUGUAUGGAGAAUUCAUGAGAGUCUGGAUAUGUGGCGAGGAAACACUCAUUAUAAGCAAGUCCUCAAGCAUGUUCCAUGUGAUGAAGCAUAGUCAUUAUGUCUCUCGAUUCGGCAGCAAACCUGGGUUACAGUGCAUUGGUAUGCAUGAGAAUGGUCUCAUAUUUAAUAAUAAUCCAGCUCUUUGGAAAGUAGUUCGACCAUACUUCAUGAAAGCUUUGACAGGUCCUGGCCUUGUUCAGAUGGUGGCGAUCUGCGUUGGUUCCAUUAUACAGCAUCUGGACAGGUUGGAGGAGGUUACCACUCAGUCGGGCUGUGUAGACGUGCUGACCCUCUUACGGCGCAUCAUGCUGGACACCUCUAACACACUCUUCUUGGGGAUCCCUUUGGACGAAAAUACCAUCGUAGUUAAAAUCCAGGGUUAUUUCGAUGCCUGGCAAGCUCUCCUUCUGAAACCAAACAUCUUUUUCAAGAUUUCCUGGUUAUACAAAAAGUAUGAAAAGUCUGUCAAGGAUUUGAAGGAUGUCAUAGAUGUUCUGGUGGAGGAAAAAAGACGCAGGAUCUCCACAGCAGAGAAACUGGAGGAUCAUAUGGAUUUUGCCACUGAUUUGAUUUUUGCUGAGAAACGUGGUGACCUGACAAGAGAGAAUGUGAACCAAUGUGUAUUGGAAAUGCUCAUUGCAGCACCUGACACCAUGUCUGUCACUGUGUUCUUCAUGCUGUUUCUCAUUGCAAAGCACCCUAACGUUGAAAAUGCAAUAAUGGAGGAAAUCCAGACUGUUGUUGGUGAAAGAGAUAUAAGGAUUGAUGAUAUGCAAAAAUUAAAAGUGGUGGAAAACUUCAUCUAUGAGAGCAUGCGGUACCAGCCUGUUGUGGACUUAGUCAUGCGCAAAGCCUUAGAAGAUGAUGUAAUUGAUGGUUAUCCAGUGAAAAAGGGAACUAACAUUAUUCUGAAUAUUGGAAGAAUGCAUAGACUUGAGUUUUUCCCCAAGCCCAAUGAAUUUACUCUUGAGAACUUCGCAAAAAACGUUCCAUACAGGUAUUUUCAACCAUUUGGUUUCGGACCCCGUGGUUGUGCGGGAAAGUACAUAGCCAUGGUGAUGAUGAAAACCAUCCUGGUUACACUUUUGAGGCGGUUCCAAGUGAGGGCAUUGAAAGGAAGGAGUGUUGAAAACAUGCAGAAAAAAAAUGACCUGUCCUUGCAUCCAGACGAGACUAGUGACUUUUUGGAAAUGAUUUUUAUGCCAAGAAAUUCAGACAACUGCCUGAAACAGUAAAGAAGCCUGGUCAGUACCUACCCUGGAGCAUUCUAUGUCAAUAGUUCACAUUGAAACCAUCCAUCCUUUGCCAAGUGAACAUUUGGUGGCCCAUGAGUUUUAACUUAGGCUUACUUUUUAUGGGUGAUCAGCAAGAUGGGAGCUCCAUCAGUGGUCUGCUCUUGUCCCAACCAAAGAGAACCAGGCUGCAAGAAAAAAGACAAAGGCCAAGAGCUUGUGAGAAGUGGCUGGUGAAGAAAACUGCAGCUCUGAAGACCCAACUUCAUACAACGUGCUUUGGAAAGGAUAAGUCAUCAAUAACAUCUAUGUCUGUUUUCCUACUGGAUCUUCUUUGCCCUGUCCCAAGGGCAUUUAAUAUCUGGUGAACAAAUACUCAAGUUAAUUUGACAAGUCAGGCUAAUACUGGAGUACCCAGGGAUAAACACACCUGCUAAUUUAGACAGAGGAGUUUCAAUUUGGUUUUGGGUGAGGAUGGUACAGCAAGAUUCACGUUCAUUGGAGAAAUAUUUACAAAUUCAGCAUUUGAUUUUUUCCUCAUGAAUUAUGCCCAGUUAAUUCCUAUAUAUCCAUGUGUUAUCUCUUUCUGGAAAAGGAUGUCCUUUCCUAUUUUCUCUAAUUCAUGCCUCAGCCACUUACUUCUGAUACCACAGACAGAGUCUGAGUUAAUACAAGCUGAUUUAGCAUCAUAGUAGCCUGAGCAAAAUACAAUUAGGAUCCUGCAUCUUCCACAGAGGGGAAAAAAAAAUCACAUAUCGCAUUUGAAAUAUAAAUAAAAAGUUUGAAACCAUGAUGCAUCUCUUAAAAUAGAGUUCACUACUUGGGAGGAGGGGGAAAUCUUAUAAAUCCAUACCUAAAUCUCUAACACAAGCGGUUCAAAAUUCUAAAGAGUGCUCUUAUCGCACUGUCCUCAACACUUUCUCUCUCCCUUUCUUUCUAUGACCCCAAAACUAUGUUUUUGUUUUUGUUUUUUUUAUGGAACAAUUAAAAAAAUAUAGGGUAGAACUUCUUCAAAUCAUUUCUCUUUCCUACCUCAAAUGUAAUAGUUACCUUAGAUAUUGUAACAGCUAGUACAUUGAAUCAAUCACUGUAUGUAGCCAUUGGUAAAAUGUGCGCACUUCAUUUGGUUCACUGAAUUACAAUAUGUAGUACACCUUGGAAUUAGCUCUGUAGAUGGAAUCAAAUAAAUGGAUUGAUUUUCCAAA